CUCACCAGUGACAUCCUCUGUCGUUUCCUCGAUUUCAGCAGAAACUUCAGUUACUUCUUCAGGUGUUUCUUUUGGCAUUGUUUCUUCAGCCUGAAUUUCUGAGGGUUGCACCUCUUCUGCUGCUUCGAAUUCGACCUCACUAAUGACAUCCUCUGUCGUUUCUUCAAUUUCAGCAGACACUUCAGUUACUUCUUCAGGUAUUUGUUCUGGUUUUGUUUCUUCAACCUCAAUUUCUGAGAGCUGCACUUCUUCUGUUGCUGCAAAUUCAAACUCUCCAGUUACAUCCUCUGUUGUUUCCUCAAUUUCGGAAGAAACUUCAGUUACUUCUUCAGGUGUUUCUUCUACUUUUGUUUCUUCAAUUUCUGAGGGUUGCACUUCUUCUGGUGCUUCAAAUUCAACUUCACCAGUCACAUCCCCUGUCGUUUCCUCAAUUUCAGAAGAAACUUCAGUCACUUCUUCAAGUAUUUUUUCUGGUUUUGUUUCUUCAGCCUCAAUUUCUGAGGGUUGCACUUCUUCUGUUGCUACAAAUUCAACCUCUCCAGUUACAUCCUCUGUCGUUUCCCCAAUUUCAGCAGUAACUUCAGUUACUUCUUCAGGUGUUUCUUCUGCUUUUGUUUCUUCAACCUCAAUUUCUGAGGGCUGCACUUCAUCUGCUGCUUCAAAUUCAACCUCACCAGUGACAUCCUCUGUCAUUUCCUCAAUUUCAGCAGAAACUUCAGUUACUUCUUCAGGUCUUUGUUCAGGUUUUGUUUCUUCAGCCUCAACUUCUGAGGGCUGUACUUCUUCUGUCACUCCAAAUUCAACCUCUCCAGUUACAUCUUCAGUCGUUUCCUCAAAUUCAGCAGAAACUUCAGUUACUUCUUCAGGUGUUUCUUCUGCUUUUGUUUCUUCAGCCUCAAUUUCUGAGCGCUGUACCUCUUCUGGCGCUUCAAAUUCAAACUCUCCAGUCAUAUCCUCUGUCGUUUCCUCGAUUUCAGAAGAAACUUCAGUCACUUCUUCAGGUGUUUCUUCUGCCUUUGUCUCUUCAACCUCAAUUUCUGAGGGUUGCACCUCUUCUGGAGCUUCAAAUUCAACCUCACCAGUUACAUCCUCUGUCGUUUCCUCAAUUUCAGCAGAAACUUCAGUUACUUCUUCAGGUCUUUGUUCUGGUUUUGUUUCUUCAGCCUCAACUUCUGAGGGCUGCACUUCUUCUGUCACUCCAAAUUCAACCUCUCCAGUUACAUCUUCUGUCGUUUCCUCAAAUUCAGCAGAAACUUCAGUUACUUCUACAGGUGUUUCUUCUGCUUUUGUUUCUACAGCCUCAAUUUCUGAGGGCUGUACCUCUUCUGGCGCUUCAAAUUCAACCUCUCCAGUCAUAUCCUCUGUCGUUUCCUCAAUUUCAGAAGAAACUUCAGUUACUUCUUCAGGUGUUUCUUCUGGCUUUGUUUCUUCAACCUCAAUUUCUGAGGGUUGCACUUCCUCUGCUGCUUCAAAUUCAACCUCACCAGUUACAUCCUCUGUGGUUUCCUCAAUUUCAGAAGAAACUUCAGUCACUUCUUCAGGUAUUUUCUCUGGUUUUAUUUCUUCAACCUCAAUUUCUGAGGGUUGUACCUCUUCUGGAGCUUCAAAUUCAACCUCUCCAGUUACAUCCUCUGUCGUUUCCUCAAUUUCAGCAGUAACUUCAGUUACUUCUUCAGGUGUUUCUUCUGCUUUUGUUUCUUCAACCUCAAUUUCUGAGGGUUGCACUUCAUCUGCUGCUUCUAAUUCAACCUCACCAGUUACAUCCUCUGUUGUUUCCUCAAUUUCAGCAGAAACUUCAGUUACUUCUUCAGGUCUUUGUUCAGGUUUUGUUUCUUCAGCCUCAACUUCUGAGGGCUGCACUUCUUCUGUCACUCCAAAUUCAACCUCUCCAGUUACAUCUUCUGUUGUUUCCUCAAAUUCAGCAGAAACUUCAGUCACUUCUUCAGGUGUUUCUUCUGCUUUUGUUUCUUCAACCUUAAUUUCUGAGCGCUGUACCUCUUCUGGCGCUUCAAAUUCAAACUCUCCAGUUACAUCCUCUGUCGUUUCCUCAAUUUCAGAAGAAACUUCAGUUACUUCUUCAGGUGUUUCUUCUGGCUUUGUUUCUUCAACCUCAAUUUCUGAGGGUUGCACUUCCUCUGCUGCUUCUAAUUCAACCUCACCAGUUACAUCCUCUGUCGUUUCCUCAAUUUCAGCAGAAACUUCAGUUACUUCUUCAGGUCUUUGUUCAGGUUUUGUUUCUUCAGCCUCAACUUCUGAGGGCUGCACUUCUUCUGUCACUCCAAAUUCAACCUCUCCAGUUACAUCUUCUGUCGUUUCCUCAAAUUCAGCAGAAACUUCAGUUACUUCUUCAGGUGUUUCUUUUGCUUUUGUUUCUUCAGCCUCAAUUUCUGAGGGCUGUACCUCUUCUGGCGCUUCAAAAUCAAACUCUCCAGUCAUAUCCUCUGUCGUUUCCUCAAUUUCAGCAGAAACUUCAGUUACUUCUUCAGGUGUUUCUUCUGGCUUUGUUUCUUCAGCCUCAAUUUCUGAGGGUUGCACUUCCUCUGCUGCUUCAAAUUCAACCUCACCAGUUACAUCCUCUGUGGUUUCCUCAAUUUCAGAAGAAACUUCAGUCACUUCUUCAGGUAUUUUCUCUGGUUUUAUUUCUUCAACCUCAAUUUCUGAGGGUUGUACCUCUUCUGGAGCUUCAAAUUCAACCUCUCCAGUUACAUCCUCUGUCGUUUCCUCAAUUUCAGCAGUAACUUCAGGUACUUCUUCACGUGUUUCUUCUGCUUUUGUUUCUUCAACCUCAAUUUCUGAGGGUUGCACUUCAUCUGCUGCUUCAAAUUCAACCUCACCAGUUACAUCCUCUGUCGUUUCCUCAAUUUCAGCAGAAACUUCAGUUACUUCUUCAGGUCUUUGUUCAGGUUUUGUUUCUUCAGCCUCAACUUCUGAGGGCUGCACUUCUUCUGUCACUCCAAAUUCAACCUCUCCAGUUACAUCUUCUGUCGUUUCCUCAAAUUCAGCAGAAACUUUAGUCACUUCUUCAGGUGUUUCUUCUGCUUUUGUUUCUUCAGCCUCAAUUUCUGAGGGCUGUACCUCUUCUGGCGCUUCAAAUUCAAACUCUCCAGUUACAUCCUCUGUCGUUUCCUCAAUUUCAGAAGAAACUUCAGUUACUUCUUCAGGUGUUUCUUCUGGCUUUGUUUCUUCAACAUCAAUUUCUGAGGGUUGCACUUCCUCUGCUGCUUCUAAUUCAACCUCACCAGUUACAUCCUCUGUCGUUUCCUCAAUUUCAGCAGAAACUUCAGUUACUUCUUCAGGUCUUUGUUCUGGUUUUGUUUCUUCAGCCUCAACUUCUGAGGGCUGCACUUCUUCUGUCACUCCAAAUUCAACCUCUCCAGUUACAUCCUCUGUCGUUUCCUCAAAUUCAGCAGAAACUUCAGUUACUUCUUCAGGUGUUUCUUCUGCUUUUGUUUCUUCAGCCUCAAUUUCUGAGGGCUGUACCUCUUCUGGCGCUUCAAAUUCAAACUCUCCAGUCAUAUCCUCUGUCGUUUCCUCAAUUUCAGAAGAAACUUCAGUUACUUCUUCAGGUGUUUCUUCUGGCUUUGUUUCUUCAACCUCAAUUUCUGAGGGUUGCACUUCCUCUGCUGCUUCAAAUUCAACCUCUCCAGUCAUAUCCUCUGUCGUUUCCUCAAUUUCAGCAGAAACUUCAGUUACUUCUUCAGGUGUUUCUUCUGGCUUUGUUUCUUCAACCUCAAUUUCUGAGGGUUGCACUUCCUCUGGUGCUUCAAAUUCAACCUCACCAGUCACAUCCUCUGUCGUUUCCUCAAUUUCAGCAGAAACUUCAGACAGUUCUUCAGGUAUUUUUUCUGGUUUUGUUUCUUCAACCUCAAUUUGUGAGGGUUGCACUUCUUCUGGCACUUCAAAUUCAAACUCUCCAGUUACAUCCUCUGUCGUUUCCUCAAUUUCAGCAGAAACUUCAGUUACUUCUUCAGGUGUUUCUUCUACUUUUGUUUCUUCAACCUCAAUUUCUGAGGGCUGCACUUCUUCUGGUGCUUCAAAUUCAACCUCACCAGUAAUAUCGUCUGUCGUUUCCUCAAUUUCAGAAGAAACUUCAGUCACUUCUUCAGGUAUUUGUUCAGGUUUUGUUUCUUCAGCCUCAAUUUCUGAGGGUUGCACUUCUUCUGGCGCUUCAAAUUCAACCUCACCAGUCACAUCCUCUGUCGUUUCCUCAAUUUCAGCAGUAACUUCAGUUACUUCUUCCGGUGUUUCUUCUGCUUUUGUUUCUUCAACCUCAAUUUCUGAGGGCUGCACUUCUUCUGUCACUCCAAAUUCAACCUCACCAGUUACAUCCUCUGUCGUUUCCUCAAUCUGAGAAGAAACUUCAGUCACUUCUUCAGGUAUUUUCUUAGGUUUUGUUACUUCAACCUCAAUUUCUGAGGGUUGU